AUGACCCAGGAGGAGCUACGAGACGUUUUCGAGCAAAAAUUUGGCCGGCGCGCCGCUCGAUCAUCCAUCGGCGAGAUGCUUCGUUCCGAGUUCGACGAAAUGACUCCUCCGCCUCCCGAACAGCCGGAAAGUACUUAUCCUGAAGUCGAAGUUCAGAUUCCAGUUAAGAUUCCUCGACAAGAACCCUCUCCUCAGCCUGUUGCACCUCCAGAAGAUGCAGUCCUUUCAGAGCUCGAGCAUGUCUUGAAGGUGUACCUGUCCGAAGUCCUGACAGAGACCCGAGUUGAAAUCUCUCUCAUCCGGGAGGUGGCAUACAACCUCCUGUACUUGCAAGGAAUCCCCCGGUUCCCGUUGUCUGAAGAGUGGAUGAGAACAUUUGCAAGGAAAUACAAUUUCCGAAACAAAAUAGAUCGGGCAGAUGACAGUAUGGCCGAUGUGGAGCGUGCGCUGAAAGCUCUUUACAUCAUACUCCUGGCAUACAAGUCCGAAGACAUCUUCAUGACCGACCAUGCCAAGGUGGACUUGCGAGCCAUGCCUGGGAUGGACUUCCCUCCUCAGUUUGUUUCGGCCCUGUUGUGCACCAACGUCGAUGCCCUCGGCAUGGAGUGGCAUUCGGCCCCCAAUGCGAACUUGACCCAUCUCAUCUUGGCCCGCUCGAUUCGCCAGCUGGACAAUCACUGCAACGGCAGAAAAGUUGUGCUGUUGAUGAAACCGACUUUCCUCCACUUGCUCGCCAUUGAUUCCUUUAGAGGGCAGCCUCCACUGCAGAAUAUCACCAUCCACUGGCUGCCUCACGGCAUUCCCGAUCACCACCUCCCUACCCAUCACAUGAUUUCGACAUGGAAAGCACUCUAUCGACUUCAGCUUGUCCGGUGGAUGGCCGGUAAAGUCAAUGACGACCAAGAACCGGAUCGGCACAGGAAUAUGUUCUUGUCCAUUCAGUGGAUGGUUCGAUGCUGGCAUCUGGAGCUUGACACGUGGACCAUCUAUGACUCCUUCCGGCACGCUCUGACCAAGCCGGGUAGCGUCAGAGAGCCUUGCAACGCUGAUGUGAAGGAAGAAUGCCGCGAGGAAUUGCGGAGAAUCCCGGGCCUCGACCCGGACUUCGACGUGGAGGGGUUCUUGCUGCCAGACUCGGAGAGGAUCGAGACGAACAUGGCGGAAGUGACGCGAUGGGUGGUCGACCGAGAGCAGUUCGACCGGGACUGCGCGGCACCGUCACAGGUUGCAGUGCCGGACCGGCCACAGUGGAAGAUGAAUUUCCAUCGGAUGAUGAACGCCAUGGACAGGUUGAUCCACUACAGUGCAUUCCAGGAAGACUGCAAGGAAGACGACAUUCAGUGGCUUUUUCGUAUGUACCAGAAGUUUGCCAGACUUCAUCGUGAACAAGACAAGCUCGACGGGACAGCUAGGCUCGAGGAGCUCGAUAAGGCCAACAAGGCCAACGAGGCCAAUGUGAUAGACAGAUAG